UGGGAGCGAGGCCGGGUGUCAGACAGCGCAGCCCGCGCCUCGUCCCUCAGGAGACCAAAGCUGGGCUGCUGCGGCCCUGCCUCGAGCCUAGCCAGGGCCGGUCCCGCGCGGUCCCUCAGGCCGCUCACAUGCCCCGCCCCCGCGCAUGCGCCCUGCUGCUCUCAGCCAUGGCAGCGCUACGGCUGUUGCCCCGGCUCCUGCCGGUCUCGCGGACUCGGCUGGUCCGGUCCCGCUCGGCCGGUGCCCCCGGCUCCGUGCCCGAGCGCAUCGCCGAGAAGCGUCGCGCCGCGCUGCUGGGGGGCGGCCAGGCCCGCAUCGAUGCGCAGCACAAACGGGGAAAGCUGACAGCAAGGGAGCGAAUUCUUCUGUUGCUGGACCCUGGCAGUUUUGUUGAGUAUGACAUGUUCGUGGAACACAGAUGUGCAGACUUUGGGAUGGAGUCUGAUCAGAAUAAGUAUCCUGGAGACAGUGUGGUAACUGGCCAGGGCCGGAUUAAUGGGAGACUGGCUUAUGUCUUCAGUCAGGAUUUUACUGUAUUUGGAGGGAGUUUGUCCGGUGCUCACGCCCAAAAGGUCUGCAAGAUCAUGGAUCAGGCUGUCAUGGUUGGGGCACCUGUAAUUGGGUUGAAUGACUCUGGAGGAGCCCGUAUCCAGGAAGGAGUAGAGUCUUUGGCUGGCUAUGCUGAUAUCUUCUUGAGAAAUGUUCUGUGCUCAGGAGUAAUCCCACAGAUCUCCCUCAUCAUGGGUCCCUGUGCUGGUGGAGCAGUCUAUUCGCCUGCUUUAACAGAUUUCACAUUCAUGGUGAAGGACACAUCCUAUCUGUUCAUCACUGGCCCUGAUGUAGUCAAGUCGGUUACCAAUGAAGAUGUUACCCAGGAACAGCUUGGGGGAGCAAAGACACACACUGCAGUAUCAGGGGUCGCACACAGAGCCUUUGAGAAUGAUGUAGAUGCUUUGCUCAAUCUCAGGGAGUUCUUUAAUUACCUACCUCUCAGUAAUCGUGAUCCAGCCCCUGUUCGCAAAUGCCAUGAUCCUAGUAAUCGCUUGGUUCCUGAACUGGACACAGUUGUCCCAAUGGAGUCUACUAAAGCCUAUGAUAUGGUCGACAUUGUACAUUCGGUUGUUGACGAGAGGGAAUUCUUUGAAAUCAUGCCCUCCUAUGCUAGGAACAUGAUUGUUGGAUUUGCAAGGAUGAAUGGAAGAACUGUUGGAAUACUGGGUAAUCAACCCAAAGUGGCAUCAGGGUGUUUAGACAUAAAUUCUUCUGUGAAGGGAGCCCGUUUUGUUCGAUUCUGCGAUGCUUUCAACAUUCCUCUGAUCACUUUUGUGGAUGUUCCUGGAUUUCUGCCAGGCACAGCUCAGGAAUAUGGAGGAAUCAUUCGUCAUGGUGCAAAACUACUAUUUGCCUUUGCAGAAGCAACUGUGCCCAAAAUUACUAUCAUCACCAGAAAGGCUUAUGGGGGUGCAUAUGAUGUGAUGAGUUCGAAACAUUUACGAGGAGAUGUUAAUUACGCAUGGCCUACAGCAGAGGUUGCAGUAAUGGGUGCAAAGGGUGCUGUCCAGAUCAUUUUCAGAGGAAAAGAAACAGAUGCAGAGGCAGAAUAUGUGAAUAAGUUUGCAAAUCCCUUCCCUGCGGCUGUCAGAGGGUUUGUUGAUGAUAUCAUUGAACCUUCUACCACUCGAAUCCGCAUUUGCCGUGAUCUGGAAGUGCUGGCUAGCAAAACGCAAUCCAAUCCCUGGAAGAAGCAUGCGAACAUUCCACUGUGAAUAUGAUGAAGAAUUGGCUACAAAAUGAAGCCACUUUUGUGACACGGGGAAGUGUUCUGAAUACAUAUAUUCCUUAGCUAAAGUGGAGAACCUGAACUUAGCACUAUGAACAUUUCUUUUAAUUUUAAUUUGCUUAAGUAUUAUGUAGCAAUAAAUUUUGAGAGAAUGGUUUUAUCUGGUA